CACCAGAUUAAGCAACAAUGGCAUUUGUGAAGAGUGGCUGGCUGCUUCGUCAAAGCACUAUUUUGCGGCGCUGGAAGAAGAACUGGUUUGACCUGUGGUCUGAUGGCAGUUUAAUAUUCUAUGACGAUCAGAAUCGCCAUGAUAUAGAAGAUAAAAUCCACAUGAGAAUCCACUGCAUCAACCUCAGAGUGGGGAAUGAAUGUCAAGAUUUCCAGCCUCCGGAGGGAAAGCAGAGAGACUGUUUACUGCAGAUUGUUUGUCGGGAUGGUAAGACCAUCAACCUCUGUGCAGAAAGUGCAGAUGACUGUUUGGCAUGGAAAAUUGCUCUUCAGGAUGCCAGAACAAACACAGGCUACGUGGGAUCUGAUGUGAUGUAUGAUGAGACAGCCAUUUCCUCAGCCCCUCCUCCUUAUACAGCUUAUGCUACACCAUCACCUGAGGUCUAUGGCUAUGGCUAUGGUCAGUACCAUGGUGCAUAUCCCACUGUGGGUCCUCACGUCUUCUAUGCCUCCAAUGGACAAGCCUACCAGUAUCCAUACCACGGUAAUCACUGUCAACCAUAUUCUCCAUGUUGGAGAAACCUGAGUAAUUGACACUAGGGGUUGGGU